CACCCCUAGCGAUGAGAAAAGCUCACUGCCCGGUCGAAAAGUAACUGUUGUUCAAUUUGCUUGUGCGGUGAAAAUUGUUAUUUUCCUGGUGAAUAUUCGUGUGUCUUGUAACUUUUCCUACGCUAGUGCAGUGCAUUUGAAACCUCUGAUUUAUACACUAUAUUCUUUUCAAGAUGGGUAGAACGAAUUCGCCGUCAAAUGAAUGCUGUGAAAACGGGGACAACGCCUUACUAAAUGGCUAUGUGAGUGCUUCGCCGGGAGAAUCGAAUCCUCGUCCAGUUCCAACGAAUGAUGCUCUACCGAUAGAGGAAGCCUUCAAGAUUGCGUUGACCGGUAAGAGCAAUACGAAGAAGAUGCCAGUGUCCCUUCUGUACGAACUGUUGAGUCGGCGUGGAAUCACUCCGCAAUACGAUUUGCUUCCGCGUGAGGGAGCAGCCCACGAACAAACCUUCAGCUACCGGGUAUCGUACCCGGAUGGAGACGCCAUCGGAACAGGCCAAUCGAAGAAGGAGGCGAAGCAUGCCGCCGCUAAGGCCCUAAUUGACAAGAUGGGCAUCAACGAUAGCGCGAACAAACCUGUCGGCAAGAAAACGCCGAUCACGGUUCUCCAGGAGGUUUUGACGCGCCGUGGAAUCUAUCCCCAGUAUGACUUCAUCCAGCCCGAUGCAGCAGUCCAUGAUGGGACGUUUCGCUAUAGAGUGUCGUACCAAGACAAGGAAGCCAUGGGGACCGGCAAAUCCAAGAAGGAGGCCAAACAAGCAGCUGCUAAAUCACUAAUCGACAAACUGGCCGGUGUUGCUUUCUGGGAUACCCAUUCGCAUGGAUUGAACUCCAGAGAGGAAACCAAACAAGACGAGGACGCAGAACCUUCAGCGUCUAGCCCUGAAGUAUCUUUACUGUCCCGAAGCCAUGACGGCGUGCCGGAAGGGUUCACAGACAAAGCGAAAGGAAAGCGUAAUCAACAUACCCAGGUGGAUAUGUUCGUAUCGAGAAAGAAGCAGAAAGCAGGAAACCAACGUGAGUUGACCAAUGCCACUAUUUAAAUGGCAUGUAGCUGGUACACGUGACACGUGAGCGCGAAAUGGUUAGCUUGCGGUUGUUCGCUGUUUCUUGAUGCAAUCGUAACUAAGGGAACUUUUUUUUAUUUCUUCGAAAUAAGACUUUAAUUUGUUUUAUAAUAUGUUGAAACAUAAUUUGUUCAGGAUAAGACGGUUUACUUCUUCAGUUAAACUUUGCAACGCAAAUACAUUUUUGAGUUCAUAUAA